AAAGAUGUAAUCCUCUCUCAGCGUCUUAAAAUGAUUCCCUUAAUCCCUACCAUCCCCUCAUUAUAAAAUUCCCACUUCCUUCUCCUCCUUUUUCCACACUAAUCCAUUACACUAUACACACAUUUCUUGCUGCCAUAGCCACAAACAAUCUCCAUAACUUUUCUCUCUUUCUCUCUCUUAGUGUCUCUACAUUCUGUCCUUUUUUUUUUCUUCUUGUCAGUCUCUAAAUCAGAGUAGAAAAUCGCAGGCCUAUAGUUCUAAUAGUGUUGCCUUUUUGCGUUUCUGAAUCACUGCAAAGUGCAUAUACUGCUGCUUAUCAACAACAGUCAACAAACUACUGUUUUUUCUUUUUGGUUUUCCCAAUUUACGGCCUAUGGACCACUAGUACUGCAGAAAGUUGUUUCUAUGAAAACAAUUUGUGGAAGGAAGGAAAUCAAGUAUAGUGUACUCCUACUAUAGUUACUAGUAACCAACCAAUCACUGUAUUUAUUAUCUGGAGAGUGAAAAAUUAUCAACAUAAAGAAAAAUGCUUGAGACGGUUAAGUACCUGCUUGGUUCUGCCGGCCCUAGCGGUUACGGUUCCAAAUCCACCGCCGAGAAAGUCACCGAACAAUCAACUGAUCUUCGCUCCAUCACCGCUAUUAUCACCGGUGCUACGUCAGGUAUUGGAGCGGAGACAGCGAGAGUUCUAGCCAAACGCGGUGCUAAGUUGAUUUUACCAGCUCGUAGCAUAAAAGCAGCUGAAGAAACCAAAGUUCGAAUUCUUUCUGAAUCACCAGAAGCAGAGAUUAUCGUUAUGGCUCUCGAUCUUAGUUCUCUCAGUUCCGUACGAAAGUUCGUUACCGAAUUUGAAUAUCUUAAUUUUCCUCUCAAUCUUCUCAUAAAUAACGCCGGGAAAUUCGCUCACCAGCACGCCAUUUCUGAGGACGGAAUUGAGAUGACUUUUGCUACUAAUUACCUAGGCCAUUUCCUUUUAACGAAGCUUUUACUGAAGAAGAUGAUUGAAACGGCUGAAAAAACCGGUGUUCAAGGAAGAAUAGUGAAUGUAUCGUCAAGCAUCCAUGGCUGGUUUUCCGGCGAUGCAAUUCAGUACCUCAGACUCAUUACUAAAGACAAAAGUCAAUACGAUGCGACACGUGCAUAUGCUCUCUCGAAGCUGGCUAAUGUUUUGCAUACCAAGGAGCUGGCUCAGAUAUUAAAAAAAAUGGGGGCAAAUGUGACAGUCAAUUGUGUUCAUCCUGGGAUUGUGAGAACUAGACUCACAAGAGAACGCGAAGGCCUUGUCACUGAUCUGGUAUUCUUUUUGACCUCAAAGCUCUUGAAGACUAUUCCCCAGGCAGCUGCUACAACUUGCUAUGUUGCAACUCAUCCAAGACUUGAAGAUGUGAGUGGAAAAUAUUUUGCAGACUGUAAUGAAGUUUCUUCUUCAAAGUUGGGUUCCAAUUUAACAGAAGCAGCACGCAUAUGGUCAGCCUCAGAGAUUAUGGUCGCUAAAUAUUCAAAUGCAAAUUAAGAAGUAGCCAGUAACGAUAAUAUAGUGUAGGACUUAUGGCAUUAUGAGAGAUAUAUAAGUGAGUUCAUGUAUAAAGAAAACGUUUUUGCAGUAAUAUAGUACGUAGAAUAUAUAUAUAUACACACAAAAAUCUGGGAGUAUGUUCGUAUACAUAGUAAGCUAGAUAUGUGAUAUGUACAUUGGUUUAUUUUGUUCGUACGUCUAUGUAAGUUUGUGGAGAUUUAUGCGAGACUUACCAAUAUUGAAAAUAA